AUGUCCUUGGCCGACGCUCAGGAAGCGCGUAAGGCGCGUUUGCUUGCGCUUCGGAAGCGCAGAGCCGGCGAGGAGACCGAAGAAACAUCGGAGUCGGUGAUACAACACCGUUCAUUUGACCCCGAGACCAGAACGCUGAAGAAGCGUAUCCCUGGCGAAGACGUUGAAAUGGAGGACACAGUGGAACAUCAGGUGGACGGCAUGGCGGAGCGCAUAAUCGCAGAGGAUGCGGAGCGACGAGCGCAAGAUCUGGACUUGUUCAACAUCGCGCCAAAGAGGCCGAACUGGGACCUGAAACGUGAGCUCGACAAGAAGCUGAGCAAGCUAGAGAGAAAAACGCAAGAGUCAAUACACACCCUGAUCCGACAGCGGCUAGCGGCGCAGAAGGGCGAGCCCGACGACCUCGUUAGUGCUAUGAACGCCCAGGAACAAGCCAGGCAGGCGGAAGACUCGUCAGAUGAAGAGGAUUAG